AGAGCGACGCGAACGGCGGCGCAGUAUCUCGCUGUGUUUUGUGUAACCUAGUUAUUUAUAGACAGCAGGCUGCAAAGUGCCUAUCUUUUUCAGUUUGGGGAAUUUAAAGUUGUUACCCUGAGUACUUUAAUAUUUAAAAAAAUCGCAAAAUAAAUGAGAAAUUCUAUUUUCAGACAGUUUCAUUAGGAUUGUAAUUCAUUAGGACUGACCCAGUUAAAAGGAUGGUGCAAGUUUAAUUAUAUUUAAUAAAACUUUAAUAUAUUACAAGUCACAUUUAUGCUUGUAAUCGGCUUUGAGAGCAUGACCUUUGCAAGCACCGCCUACCGCCUCAAGCAGUAGCGCUGCUUGCUGGUUUCAGAACUGAGUCUCUCGCAGGAAUGUAACAGGAGAAAAAACAAAACAUUUUCAUGAUCAUUUGGAGGUUUUAAAGCAGUACGCGAUAGACGCCAAUGGGGAAGAAGAAAGACAUGAUCCAAGAAAAGUUUCUUUCGGGAGAUGGAGAUGAAGGUGGGGGUCACAAUGCCCACAAAAAGAAACACAAAAAGCACAAGAAGCACAAGAAGAAGCACCACCAGGAGGAGGGGGGGCACAGCUUCUCCUCAGAGGCGCUGGAGUCCGACUCGGGAGUCGUCAAACCCCAGCUCAAGUUAAAGAUCAAGCUGGGAGGACAGACGCUGGGAACCAAGAGUGUUCCAACCUUCACUGUGGUGCCUGAGGAGAAUCGGUCUCCGUCUCCUCUGAUGAUAGUGGAUGACGACGAGGAGCCCACAGAGGGGGUCCCCAUUGAGCAGUAUAGGGCUUGGCUUGAUGAGGACAGUAACCUGGACCCCUCUCCCCUGCCCGAUAUGGACUCCGAGUCCCUGCUGGGGGGCCCCGAGGAUGAGGAGGAGAAGUGGCUGGAUGCCCUGGAGAAAGGAGAGCUGGACGACAACGGAGAGCUGAAGAAGGAGAUCGACGAGUCUCUGCUCACAGCCAGACAGAGGGCGCUGUUGCACAAGCAGCAGAGCCAGCCCCUGCUGGAGUUGCCCAUGGGCUACAAGGCGAAGGAGAUGACGGAGGAGAUGAUGCAGAAGAGGGAGGAACGGGCCCGGAAAAGGCGCCUGCAAGCUGCCAAGAAGGCGGAGGAAAACAAAAACCAAACUAUCGAGAGACUGACCAAAACCAGCAAAGCCAAAAUCAAGACCAUGAGGGAGAAGAAGUCCAAGCAGUCCCAGGUCCCCAUGAUCCGCUACACUGACUCUUUCCAGGGGACGAUGAUCUCCUUCCCCCAGGGGGUGCCCACUCCAGUGGUCACAAGCCCGUGCCCCACCCCUGUAGCAGUGCACUGCGGGGUCACCGGAUGCUCAAACCUUAAAAAAUACUCCUGCUCAAAGACCGGGACGCCCCUCUGCAGUCUUGAAUGUUACAAGAAGAACCUGCUUGUUCAGCCUGUUGCUUGACUGCUCCGUCAGAGGGAGGCAAGAGAGUUUAACUGUGCUAGUUUAAAGGCAGUGGCAUUAAAAGCUCAACAAGAACUUAUCCUGUGCAUCUCUCUCUCUCGAUCAGGGAUGGUAGCUUCGGUUCAAGCAUAAUUUAUUGUAAUGUUUCCGUCAUAGGUUAUUGUCUGUAGUAGAACUGGAAAUGCAAUCAUGGAAGUGUAUGAAGAAUGGGGGAACAAAAAGUGUAAAUCAUUGCAAAUGUAAAGAAAAAAUGUAUUUAUUUAGUGUCAUAAAGAAUAUCGCAUGUGGUGUAGAUUUCUGUGAACUGGAAUACCAAACUUAUUUUUGUACAUAAUAAGAUAGACGUUUCUCAAAAGA